UUGAAGUGCAUGCGCAGACAACGGGUUGCGUUGCGUUUAGCUCGAAUUGGACGGUGAAUGGACCGACGCGCUGGCCUCGCCAUCUCUGGGUUCCCAAAAAUAGACGCUUCCCGUGAACUACGCCCUCACAGGACAUUUUCGGAGUUAAAAAGAUAUGCAUCAACUCUACAGUCCGUAGCCAAUAAAUCGUCAUCCAAACACAAGAUGUCGCAGUUUAUAGAUGUCCGUGCCACAGUGAAGCUAGAGGAGGGUGCAGAAAAUGUCACCGAAAUCCAGUCAUAUUUGGCUGGCUUUCAGAAGGAAAUCGGUGAUAACAGUAUGCCUUCAGGGAAUGCAUCAGAGGAAGCAGAAGGUGAAUCUGAAGAGGGUACUUACUUUGUGGAUCAAGCGGGUCACUACUAUUUUCAAGCAAAAGGGGACACGCAGCCUGUAAUGACUGUCAUGUCGGCUCUACCUUCGCAAUCUGCUGAUGAGGGAGAAGAAUUUGUAAUCAACCAGGAAAAUGACGAUGCAGAUGAGGUGGAGGAAGAGGAAGAUGAAGACGAGCAAAUGGUUCAAAGCAAUAAUUCCGGGAAUCAGAUUUUAUUGAAUUCGGGCAACUCUUACCAGAGACUUGCAGUACUUCCAUCAGACAACAAUUCCGGUGAGUUAAGCUACGUUCUCAUUGUCCAGGAUCCAGACAUGAAGGAUAAUGACCAAAACGACGACGAAGAAGAAGACGAGGAUGAUCAAGAUAUGACUGUCUUUGAUUUUGACGAUCAAGAUGGUAGCGUCCAAAUGGACUCUGAUACUGAAGAUGACAAAUCAAAAAUCAUCAAAGUAGUACCUAGAAAAAGUACCCAAACAGUAGCCCAGGCUCACAUGUGCAACUAUUGCAACUACACAAGCUCCAAGCGCUACCUUUUAUCAAGACACAUGAAAUCGCAUUCAGAAGAACGUCCGCAUAAAUGCCAGGUGUGCGAACGCGGCUUUAAAACCAUAGCUUCUUUACAGAAUCACGUCAAUACUCACACUGGCACGAAGCCACAUGCCUGUAAAUAUUGCGAAGGUGCUUUCACUACAUCCGGCGAGUUGGUACGUCACGUGCGCUAUCGCCACACUCACGAAAAACCGCAUAAAUGCACCGAAUGUGACUAUGCCAGUGUGGAACUGUCCAAAUUGAAAAGGCAUAUUCGUUGUCACACUGGUGAGAGACCUUAUCAAUGUCCGCAUUGUACUUACGCCAGCCCGGAUACUUUUAAAUUGAAGAGGCAUUUGAGGAUACACACUGGAGAGAAGCCUUAUGAGUGUGAUGUUUGUCCGGCUAGAUUUACUCAGAGUAAUAGUUUGAAGGCUCAUAAAUUGAUACACAAUAUUGGAGACAAACCAAUAUUCCAAUGCGAACUCUGUCCUACGACUUGCGGCCGAAAAACUGAUCUAAGAAUCCACGUACAAAAGUUGCACACAUCGGAUAAACCCCUGAAGUGCAAACGAUGUGGCAAAUCGUUCCCUGAUAGAUAUAGUUAUAAGCUUCACAGCAAAUCUCAUGAAGGUGAAAAAUGUUUUAAAUGCGAACUUUGCCCCUACGCUUCAAUUUCCGCAAGGCAUUUGGAGUCUCACUUGCUGAUUCACACUGACCAAAAACCUUAUGAGUGCGAUUUAUGUGAUCAGACCUUUAGGCAAAAGCAAUUAUUGAAACGUCACCAGAAUUUGUACCACAAUCCUGAAUAUAUCCCUCCACCGCCUAAGGAAAAGACGCACGAGUGUCCUGAAUGUUCCAGAACUUUUAGACACAAAGGUAACUUGAUACGUCAUAUGGCAGCCCACGAUCCAGAUCCACUAGUCCAACAAAAGCAACUCCAAUUGAAACUUGGCAGGCAAAAAAAGAUUCAAUUGAUCGAUGGUCAACAAGUGGAAGUUCACGGUCCUGGUUUAGAUUCUGAAGAGGAAGAAGAAAUUGAUUUGAUGGCUGUAGAAGCCUCGGACGGUAACCAAUAUGUCGUAUUGGAAGUAAUUCAAUUGGCUGACGGAGAGGUUGUAACGCAUGAGGGUAGUAGCAAUAUUAUGGGAAUGGAUGGGGUCAUGCAAGAUGGAGAACUUGACGAAGAUGUUAUUAAAGCUUUGCAAUCCGCAUCAAGGAUGCCUAAAAUUGAAGCGGACGAUGAUGACGAUAAAAAGCCAAUAAUUAAUACUGCGGAUACUGAUAUGCAAAAUUGUUUUGGAUUUGAUGACGAUGAAGAUGAUGAUCAACAGAGAGACACGCUUACGUUACUUUCAAACAUAGAUUAAAUAAAUUUUAUUAUUUGAAUUGGGUUGUAUAGAAAAAUUUCGUUUACCUUUUAUAAGGCUCCAAUAGUGAUAUUGCAUGCUUUACUUAUUUAUUUUUUGGAUUGUUGCCUCACUACUGAAGCUUUUUUUUUUUGAAAAUAUUUUAUGUUCAAAACUUAAAAAUAGGAUGUCUACACCACAUGUAAAUGAAUUGUAUAUAUUUUUAUUUCUGCACUAGUUUGACUCUGAAAUAAAUGUGUAUUAUAUUA